GACGCGCGUAGGAGCAAGGUAGCGCUGGCUUGUUGUGUUGGUUGAACUGACAGUGAGAAAAAUCGCUUGCGUAUUUUUUUGCGAAUUUACAAUUGUUCGAAAGAAAAGUAAAAGGAAAAUCAUUAGACUAUGUGGUAUAAUCGAACAUCUUUGACGUGUUAACAAACUCAAAAAGUUUAUUUCUUGCAGCAAGUUUGCCCAAAGAAGAUCAAAAGUAGGAAGAAUAAUAAUAAGAAACUAAUACUGCAUAUAAUGAACACAUCAAUAAUGCAAACUAGGAUUAAGAAAGAAAAAGCCACAUAAAAACAAUGUUAAUAGCAACGUGCGGGAUCUUUGUAGGUAGCGCUCAUAUGUGCGUCACAGACUGGCUGCAGGUUUCAUCGACAGCUUGAACAUUUCAAUAUAAAGAAGAGGAAAAAGGUCAUCAAUAUCCUAAGGCAGUGAAAAAAUGAGAAUGAAACGUGCAAUUCCUUUAAUUGUCUCUCAGGAAGGAGGAACGAACAUGUAAGAUGUGAACCAUGAGGGAUCCCCUGCCUGCCUUCCUUCCUUCUCCGUCGACGAACCUGAGACACGCGCGUGACACGACGCUUCUCUACUUCUCCCUCUUCCUCCUCUUCUGUGUCCCUGCUUCCCCUGCUUCCUAUGGAGGCAGGGAGCAGGGGAAGACAUGGGGCACGGUGCGGUCCGUCGUACAUCAUCCUACACAAGCCUUUGGUCCUUCGGCUGGCGAGAGAAGACCUGCAGCUCCCUCCGUCGGCGACAGUGUAUAUAUAGGUCCCCCGGAGGCCGGCGAUGGCUCCCUUUGGGCAAACACGAACCGGAAUCCGCCAGCAACAUCCAGAGAGCAAGAUCGGCUCGCUCGGUUUUCCCGAGGUCAUCGUAUUUCCCAGACUAAAGAUUCUGAGCACGUGGGAGAGAAGGAUGCUCAGGACUCGGGGGUGGUUCGACACGACUACUCCAUUAGGACCUCGGAAGAAGGAGGGCGAGAUCAAGCCCAAAGGAGCGCGAGGAAAGAUCCCCUCGAGAGCUCUGGGAGACAGGAAGCUCCCUCUGCAGGGCUUAAGGGCAGGAGCAAGGAUAAUCGACCCAAGAUAGAGGAAGGAGGAUUCGCCAGAGACAGCGAACACGCUGAUGCUCCCCACAGUAUCGACUUUCAAUUAUCUCAAACUCCUAAAACAGAGUUAGUCAACAGGCCCGGCUCCUUUCACCAGGAUUCGCUAAGGCCGUUGGAUACCACAGACACUCGAGUUCUCGGCGUGCCAGACCAGCCGACGUUGCUGCCAGGAGGGCCGGAGCUGUGGCACCCUCCACCCCUGAACCACGCGGAUGUCUUCCCUCCCCUUCCGGGCUAUAAUGAGUUUGGAGCCCCCUGGAGCGGCACAAUGGAGGAUUGGGGGCCUCAUAAGCCGCUCCUCGGGCAGGGAGGUGUUAUGGAAGAAGAGGAGGAUGAGCUAGACAGCAUCCUUUUCCACUGGCCCUUAGGGGGCAGCCAAGUGGCGCCCAACAUCGUCCCCGGGAUGAGCAGUGAAUCCGGCUGUGGAUGCUGGGACACGGAUUCCAAAGAGCGGGAAGUGGAGUGCAGCUGCUGGGGCCCUUCUCUGGUGGAGGUCCCAUCCAACCUCUCCUCGGCCGUUAAUAUCAUCGCCGUGACCAAUGCCGGCGUGGAGAUCCUACGGAACGAUUCCUUUAUUCGCUAUCGCUCAACACUGCAAGAAAUAGUCCUAGAAGACCUACAGAACCUUCACACAAUUGAGGCCGGCGUCUUCAGGGGCCUGCCUCGCCUGCAGACCAUCUACAUCCACUCCGCCCCGGCGCUGCUGACGAUGCCCAACUUCACCUUCACGCAGGAGAACGCGAAGCUGCUCAGCUUGCGGAUUACAAGAUCUGGACUGCAAAAAAUUCCUGUUAUGAAAUUCGCUGGACGAGAAAACAUCCUUAACAUAAUUGACCUGGAGAGCAACCGCAUCUCAAAGGUCAUCAAGAGAAGCCUUGAAGUUCGCGUUGAACAGCUUUUACUUAAUUACAAUAACAUCGAGAGUGUGGAGGAGGAAGCCUUCUCUGGAUCGGCCAUUGGAAGACUGAGCUUCAAGGGCAACACCCACCUGACCUACAUCCACCCAAAUGCUUUCAGCGGCAUUGAGAGUCUGCAAACCCUAGACCUUUCAGAGACGUCGAUCACUUCGUUGCCCACCUACGGCCUCAAAGGGUUGGAAGUCUUGCGCCUGGAGAACACCCCGACUCUGAAGGUGUUCCCGUCUGUAUACUCCUUCAGAACAAUCCAGGAAGCCCAUCUCACUUACCCCUAUCACUGCUGCGCCUUCCAGUUCCCGGAGACACACGACCGAGAACAAUAUAUCAGGCACCAGGAGUUCAUUAGAAAACAAGAAGAGGAGUUAUGCUCGGAUGUGACGUCACCCAGCAAUCCCGUUCUCUCCCCGAACAUCCGAGUCAGACGCCGGCGCCGCCAUCUUGUCACACCCACCAUAUCUACGCCGGACCCUCAGAGACUUAAUGAAAGGCAGAACGAGAAAGAAAUGAAAGCCAAACAAAGAGUUAAUCUCGCUCUCCCUUCUGAAAUUAUCUCCAGCCCUCCGAAAAGGAUUCACACUGCUGGGAGGAUCCAUCGACGUCAGGAUUCUCAGGACUUAAGUAAAUAUAGGGAUCCCGCGCUGUCGAGAACGGUGCUCUCCCCACGAACACGCCAUUAUGAGCACCGAACACGUCUUGCGAAAGAGAACUCGCGAGACGCAGACGAGAUGCAGCCCCACACAACCGUCCUAGGGUAUCCCUCGGAUGUCGUCACUCACGUCGUGGGAGGGCAGGACCCGAGGGCUCGAUCUCGUCGCAGGGACGGCACGAGGAUGCAUCCAUUGCUCGACAGGUCUUCGGAAUCCGGAAUUCACUCGCCGGAUUCCCGAUUCCUCGCGGAAGCCGACAAGAUCAAGAUGCAGGACGACGGACUGAAACCAAGUGCCUUGGACGAGAUCAUCCCGUCGCCGGACAAGAGAUUCGGAAAGGAGGAAUUCCCGGACAACGGAGACGACGUGGCAGAUAAAGAGAGCUUUGUGGGCAGGAUACCCGUGGCAGGGAAUGGCUACCCGAGCUCCUUCCUUGGGUUCGGCUCCUUUAACCACUCCUCCGACAGAUACCCGACAGACGCCUCCAAGAGCAACGAGUCCGCCCCGAGCGGCCGAUGGGGCGGUCAUCAGGGCUGGGCGAGAGGCCCUCUUCCGCCCCUGGACUCCGGCGACGAUAACACCUACGGCCUCUACAUUCCUCACGACGGCGGCCACGCCCUAGGCUUCCCCGAAGCCACAGACGGCGAGGGGUUUCACGACGCCACGGGAGGUGGCUUCCGCCUCUUCGACGAGACUGACGACGAGCCUCUCGUUCCGCUGCAGCAUGACAACAGCUGGCAUCCCAUACAGGCACCGCUCAACAACACCACGAUCAUCGUCCUUUGCGGAAACAUCUCCAAGAACUACCACGACGUGCUGUGCAUCCCGGCGCCGGACGCCUUCAACCCCUGCGAGGACAUCAUGGGCAACCUGGCGCUGCGGGUCGCCGUGUGGUUCGUGGUGGUCACGGCCGUCGUGGGCAACCUGGCGGUCAUGCUCGUGCUCGUGUCGUCCAAGUUCAGAAUGACUGUCAGUAAGUUCCUGAUGGUGAACCUGGCCAUCGCCGACCUGUGCAUGGGCGUCUACCUGCUCAUCAUCGCUGCCAUGGACCUGCACACCAUCGGCGUCUACUUCAACUACGCCAUCGACUGGCAGAACGGUCCCGGUUGCAAGGUCGCCGGCUUCCUGACGGUGUUCGCCUCUGAGCUCUCCAUCUUUACGCUGACGGUGAUCACGUCGGAGCGCUGGUAUGCCAUCACGUACGCCAUCCAUCUGAACAAGCGCCUCAAACUUUCCAUGGCGGCCAAGAUCAUGGUCCUCGGGUGGAUCUACUCCAUCUCCAUGGCGACCCUUCCCCUCGUCGGCAUCUCGGGCUACAGCAAGACGAGUAUCUGUCUGCCGAUGGAGACCGGAGACGCGCUCGCGCUGGCCUACCUUAUAUCCCUCCUGCUGGUGAAUGGCCUGGCCUUCUUUGUCAUCACUGCUUGCUACGCCAGCAUGUACUGCUCCAUCAGCAGGCACGAUGCCACGGCCACGCAUUCAGACCUCACCGUGGCCAAGAGAAUGGCGCUCCUCGUAUUCACGGACUUCGCCUGCUGGGCCCCCAUCGCCUUCUUCGGGCUGACAGCGGUCGCCGGCCUGCCCUUGAUCAACGUCACCCGAGCCAAGAUCCUGCUCGUAUUUUUCUAUCCUCUCAACUCCUGCGCCAAUCCUUACCUGUACGCCAUCCUCACAAAGCAGUACCGGAGGGACCUGUUCAUCCUUCUCGCCAGACACGGCUUCUGCACCAAGAGGGCAAUGAGGUAUAAGGGCGCGUAUUCCUCUGUGAACAACACUUUCCCCCACAACACGGUGGUCAACGCGCCUAACCACCGUAAUUCAACUCUGACCCAGAUUACCCUCUGUGACCUGACGCGGACAGCCCGGGCGUCGCAGCAAAGCAACAAUGGAUCUCUUCUUGGGACUAUGGUAGGAGGCUCACAGGACUCCCUUCAGAGGAGUGUGUCGCCUUCCAGAACGCCGACUAAGCCAGAGACAUGCUGCGCCGAGACGGAACGACUGAGCACGGUGCAGGAGAUGAGUCACAGCACCCACAGCGACGACGAAAGUUCCGAUCACGCCCACGCCAACAACGACGGCGGCGAGGACGACGACGGGCCAAGCGGCAUCGUCAAACAGGCCGGCUCGCCGCAUCCUAUCAAGAACUGCUACACCAGACUGCCCUUUACUCCCGAGCAGGAGAAGAUUCUCAAGCAGGCUCUCCACGAAUCAAAAGCUAAGAAGAAGGCGAAAGGAGACGCUCUGAGAGAACACGAGAGUCAGAUUCCCGAAGAAAACGAGAAAUUGAUCAAAGAAAACGGCAUUCUGUGCCAGGAAAUGAAGACUUUCGGUCGAGGGGAAGCUAUUGUAGUCUGUGAAGUCGAAGUCAGGCGCAGUGGCGAAAGAAGUUCAGCAUCAAAUAGAAAUCUAGACGAAAUAGAAGCUACAUCAACAGUGUAAUGGAAUAAUAAGGUGCAUAUAUAAAACUAGCUGUAUGUCUGUUUAUAUAAAUACAUGAUUAUAUAUGUUUGAUUAUGAAUAUGAGUUUCAUAUUGAUAUUUAUGUUAGCAUCAAGUCACACUGCAUAAUUGCAAUGAGCUUUGUAAAGCCAUUUUUGCACCACAAUUAAUUGUGUUUACGCCUGUAGAGGACUUAAGUUCAUUGCAUGUAUGUCCGUUGCAUGUAAUGUGAUGUUUAAGACAAACAAGACCAUUUAACAUUUUUCAGAUAUUUAAUUUUUGUUCAGUAAGAAUUUCGAGAUCCGAAUUUUGAUCCUCAAUGAAGCAUGAGGAACAAGAAUCGGGUUGACAUCUUUACUAUAUAUUUUUCCUUUCCUUCUUUCUUUUCUCUCUCUCCCUUUUUUUUUUUUUCUUUUUUUUUUCUUUCUUUUUUUGCCUGUCGGCUCAACCAAGCACAAAAUUUAAAUAUCUAUUGAGUUGUUUGAGGAGACGAACUACAAUAGAUAUCAAAUUGUCCUGUACAUGGAAUGGGUGUGAUUAUUUUUAUAUUUUCAUAAUCGUAUGUGCAUUUGUAGUAUAUAUAAUAGGAUAACAAUUAUUAAGAGAGAAAAUCGCAUUACAGGACUCAGUAACCACAUAUAUAUAAAUAUACCUUAAGUGUCAUUAACGUAUAUGUAAAUAGGUGAUUCUCGCUUCUCCGUCCCGGUUAUGUUUUUAUUGUGUUGCUGCCCAGCUUUAUGUGUUUGUAAAUAUGAAAUUCCAUAUUACAGUAAUUUACGACAGCCAUUUGUUGUAUUUUCACAUGAAUAAACUAGUCAUUAGUGCUUAAA